CUCUUCAAAAUAACAUACCCAAAACUCCCCCCCCCCCCCUCUCGAUCGAUCACACCGAGUCCUAUCACUUCCCCUCGCUAAUACAUGUAUAUACACUCUCCUCUCGUGAUUUACGCUCUGUGAUCAAAAACCCUAACUCAGCUAGUCCAAUCCCCCCCCUCCCCCCACUCGAGUCGUCGACGCUGCGUCAAAAGUAAAUUACAGCUUAAUUAAUUAAAGCUUAUUGCAGAGGAAGGUGCUGCUGUUGAGAUGAAUUUGCAACAGGCUAUGCAGCCCAAAUCUUCUGCUAAUGGUUUUGGUCGUCGGAGAACUGAAAAAGAUUGGGGGACAAGGUUUGAAAAUAAGGUGCAAUCUGGAAAAGCACACACCAAUAGACCGAGUAAUGCAGGUGCAACGGGAAAAGUUGGAGUUUGCGAGAGUCCUUUGCGUGAUCGGCUAGUAUAUUUAACAACCUGUCUUAUUGGCCAUCCCGUGGAGGUCCAGCUGAAAAAUGGAUCUGUAUAUUCUGGAACAUGUUACACAACAAAUGCUGAAAAGGAAUUUGCAAUAAUUUUGAAAAUGGCUCGCUUGAUAAAGGAUGUUUCUCUCCGAGGCCCAAAGGCAGAGUGUGUCAGCAAGGCUCCAUCAAAGACUUUGAUUUUACCUGGAAAAGAAGUUGUACAAGUUAUUGCGAAGGAUGUCUCUGUUACCAUAGAUGGGAUGUCCAAUGAGCUCCAACAAGCAAAGCAGCAAGAAAUUAUGAUCGACUCCUUUAUAUCACAGUCACGACUUGUUGAAACAGAGAGAGAGCUGGAACCUUGGGUCCCUGACGAAGACGAGCUACAAUGCCCUGAAUUAGAGAACAUAUUUGACGGCCAUUGGAAUAGGGGCUGGGAUCAAUUUGAAACAAAUGAAAUGUUGUUUGGCGUAAAAAGCACCUUUGACGAGGAACUUUAUACAACAAAGCUGGAGAGGGGUCCUCAGACGAAAGACAUGGAAAGGGAAGCAUUGAGGAUAGCAAGAGAGAUCGAGGGUGAGGAAACAAGAGACCUUCACUUAGCAGAGGAAAGAGGCAUCCAUCUUCAUGAAAGUUUUGAGGUUGAUGAGGAGACCCGAUUCUCUUCAGUCUAUAGAGGUGGAGCCAUUGAUGAUGGUGGGCAUGAAGAACUUGAUGAUGUAGUGUUGAGUUCUCUCAACAGUGAAACUUUUGGAGGGCCAUCUGCCUCUUCCAUUAAGAAGUCUGCUGAUUUGACCCAUGCAAAAAGCAAUGUUGGGACUCGAGUGUUAUCAACCUCUUCCUUGGAUGAGGUACAAUGUUCUCAAUCAAGCACUUGUGCAGAUUUGCAUCAUCCAGGAUCUCAUGAUCAUGCUGCAAAGCUGGCAUCAGAACCUCCUACUAGUUUGUCCACUUCAGAUAGUGAAAGCAGGGCCCAAGAGGAUCGACAUUUUGAACAUGGAGAACUUGACAGCAUUAAGGAGCGUGUAGAAGAGAAGAUGCUAACUGAGGAUGCUCAAUUAUCAAAAGAUUCUAAGUCAUUGGAUGACAAGAAAAAUGAAUCUGAUAAAGGGAGGCUAUCCUCUAAUACCACUGCAUAUACCCCUUCAUCCCAUGUCUUUUCAAAAAAUAACAAAAAGACUAGUUCCCCUGGCCAACUGUUAGAUGGUGUGGCAUCAGCCAAGGGAGCUGUAGAAAUGCAGCCAGUAAACUCUCGUGGACGACCUGGCAGUUCCGCAUCAUCAAAUUCUGACCGUGCAGGUGCCUUGCCAGCUUCUAGUGGUCCUGGUUUAUCACCAAGCUCAUCAAUGGGUUCAUUAUCUUCUGAGAAGUCAACGUUAAAUCCCCAUGCCAAGGAAUUUAAACUUAAUCCCAACGCCAAGAGUUUCACCCCUUGUCAAACACCUGCUAGGCCCCCUUCCCCAAUGUCAGAUGGUUCCUUCUAUUUUCAACCUAAUCUUUCUGCUCCACCACAUAUGCAUGGGAUGCCUGUGGGAGUCGGACCUGGACCUUCAUUCAAUGGGCAACAGCCUGUCAUGUUUAAUCCUCAGGUUACACCAUUGCAAGCUCCACAAGCAUAUUUUCAUCCAGGUGGACCUCAGUUCGGGCAGCAGAUGCUUCUUGGCCACCCUAGGCAAGUCUUGUACAUGCCAAGCUACCAACCUGAAAUGCCAUAUAAAGGACGCGAGUUUUGAGUUAUUGACUGCUGUAUCAACGGUUUCGUACUCUGCACAUUAAGAAUGGAUUUUGAAGAUGUUGAUUGGAACAAUUACUGGGGAUUUAAGUCUAGUGUCCAUGAAGAUUCUGCAGUUCUUGACAUGCCAAGUUGGGGCGGAGGAAGUGGAUUUGUUCUGGGAUGUAUCCUUAUGACCUGUGUGCCUCAUUUAUACUGACUGGAUUGUUAUUUUUUUUGUCUUGUACUUAUUUUGACUGUUUUCUUUCGAUAAAGUAGUUUUGGACCAAAUAAGGUGUUAAAGUUUGUGUAUUGUUUAUGUCCGUGUAUAUUUAGGCAGUUGCAUUGGGCGAUUAAACUUCCAACUCAAUGCAUUGACAUCUCAUGCCAACCCUAAAUAUCUGGAAAAAGAAUAGUUUUAUCUGUUCUUUGUUUUAUUGGAAAAAUAAAGAAAACGGUUUUUUGAGCC